CUCCCAGUGCCUGCCCCGCAGCCCCCCCUCCCUCCAGCCAAGUCACAGCCUCCAGGGCACCUUCAGAGGGCAGGUGGUGGGUCCUGAAGCCAGAGACCAGAUCGUGGGCUUCUGGGCAGCGAUGGCCCUGCAAAGCCAGGUGUGGUCUCCGGCCACACCCAUGCCCAUGGCCGAGAGCUCCCUCUACCGGCAGCGGCUAGAGGUCAUCGCCGAGAAGCGGCGGCUGCAGGAGGAGAUCCGCUCGGCGCGCCGCGAGCUGGAGGAGGAGAAACUCCGCGUGGAGCGGCUCAAGAGGAAGUCUCUCCGGGAGCGUUGGCUAAUGGAUGGGGCGGCUGAGGGGCCAGAGCGGCCGGAGGACCCCACCUCGCCGGACCCCCAGUCGCCGGAGGGCCAGGCUCAGGCCCAUAUCCAACACCUGGAAGACAGCUUGUUCACGCUCCAGUCCCAGCUACAGCUGCUGCAAAGUGCGUCCACAGGUGCCCAGCACAAGCCCUCGGGCAGGCCCACCUGGCGCAGACAGGGGCACCGUCCUCUCUCCCAGCCCCCGGUGGAGGCGAGCCCUGCAGGCUGCACUGACCUGGACAAGAGAGCCUCCCUCCCAGCCGGCCUGCCGGGCACAGCCCCAGAGUCCCCCUUGGAGCCUGGAGAUGAGGCAGUGAGGGCUGCGCCCGCCCUGAGGCCACUCCCCGGAGCCGCAGCAGCCUCCUCUGAAGCUAAUGGGCCCUGCAGCGGCCCCAGCCCCGCUCCAGAGCAGGAGGCGAGUCAGGGGCAGGGGGUGUCCCAGGGCCGGGCAGGCCAGGCCAAAGGAGGGGGCGUGGUGGAGGUGGUGUGGGAGGGGCUGAGGGCCACGGAGGACAGUGCCACGGGGGCCACGGGCCCCGAGCUGGAGGCCAAGGUGGAGGUGAUGGUGCUGGAGGCCAUCGCGGACAGGCAGGAGGCCAGCUGCCCGGAGCGCCCGUCCUGGGCGAAGGAGGACAGGGGUGUUGUGGAGGUGGUCUGGGAAGGGGUGGGGGGCACGGAGGGCAGUGAGUCAGAGGCCACGGGGGUGGUGGGCAGGGGCCCGGAAUCUGCCAGGCUCCAGGAGGGAGGAGAGGGAGUGGCUUCUGAAGAGGGAGGAGGGGCUCCCCUGGGCAGCCCUGACAGCGACGGGCAGGGGGGCUGUGGAGCAGAGGAGGCAUCCUUCAUCUGGGUGGAGAGGGUGACCCUCAGCGAGGAGUGGGAGGAGCUGGUGGUGGAGAGGCGGGAGGGGGGAGCUGAGGGUCCACCGGGGGUGGAGGGGGGGCGAGGGGAGGACACCUGGAAGGCAGAGGCGAGCCAGGCAGAGGGCUCUGUGGGUGCCAGUGAGAGAAAGGCAGGCGCAGAGCAGGAAAGAGCAGAGACGUCUCCAGUGGGAGAGAGGAAAGGCAGAUGGGAGUCCUUGGAGCUGGAGGGGAGAGGAGGCGAGGAGGAGCCGGGCGCAGACAGGGAAGGAGGUGAGGAGCCACUGUCAGCAGAAAGAAAGGAAGCUGAGGGGCCUCUGAGGGCAGAGAGGGGAAGAGGUGAGGAGCCCUCGGGAGGAGAGCAGAAAGGAGGUGAGGGAGAGCUGGAGGCAGGGGAGGAGGUGAAGGAGCCACUGGCAGUAGAACGACAAGGAAGCGAGGGAUCUUUGGGAGCAGAGAAGGAAAGAGGUGAGGAAAAGCUAGGGGCAGAGGAGGAGGCUGAGGGGCCAUUGGGAGCAGAGAAGGAAAGAGGUGAGGAAAAGCUAGGGGCGGAGGAGGAGGCUGAGGGGCCAUUGGGAGCAGAGCGGAAAGGAGCCGGAGAAACUCGAGGGGCGGCUGGAGGCCCACUGGGGACGGAGCGACGCGGAAGUGAGGGGUCUCGGAAGGAAGAGGAGCCACUGGAGGCAGAGAAGGCGCCAGGGGUCGAGGAGGGUCUGAGUCUAGAAGAGCAGAGAGAGCCCGGGGCAGGAGGGGAAGGCCAGGUGGAGGAGGCGGGCGCUCCCCCGGCGGCUGAGGAGGACGGCCCACAGCCCCUGGAGAAGCAGGAGGGCUCCUUGGAGGAGGAAACCGCAAGGCCCCAAACACCUGCGGAGGGCCGGGGACCCUCCGGGGACGCCACCCUGCUCCUGGCAGAGACCCCGGCUCCGGAGCAGCCCGCCGAGUGCCAGCCCCUGCUUCAGGCGGAAGGGCCCACCGCCCGCCCUGCGCCGGCCCGCACACCCGGGCCGCCUGCCCCUCUGGAGGCCGAAGAGGCAAGCGGCCCGAAGCAGAAGACGUGCCAGUGCUGUGCAGUCAUGUGAGCCUGCCCGCCAGCUGCCCUCACAGCUACCUCGGUGUCCUGGUGUCCAGCAGAGGGUCCCAGGGCAGACGGGGCACCGCAGGACUGGCCUGGCCCCUGGGAGCCUGCCAGCCCACACGUCACCUCCACCUGAGCUUCAGGAGAACUCGCGGCCGCCUGUGGCCCUGGCCCCUCUGUGAUGGAGCCUUUAUACUUGAAAAUAAAAUGUCAGAGCAUU